AGAAGAAACUGAACAACUGUGGUGGUUAAGCAAAUAGGGAGAGUUUAUUUUUUCUUCUACAGGUCAUGAAGCCAGUUAAUGAUUAGUGGGAGUCAGAGCCAAGUGGGUGUUUGGUGUGCAAAUCUCCUAGAGGCUGGGUUAUGUGAUUUCUUUCGCACUGGGGUCGGUUUCAUCUCAGCUCUGAAACUUGCAGCUCAGCGAUGUACUCAGACUUUUGGGAGAGGUGCUUCUGGUUGUGGGGGCUCCUUUUGUGGCUCAGUGAUGGGAAUGCAGGAGAUACAUCUCCUACACAACAGCCGAAUUGCACUGACUUCCAAAAUGCCAAUCUCCUCCAAGGCACCAUUCUCAAAGUCCAGUUUCUCCUCUUCACUCCUUUGGACCCUAGCUGUGGGAAGCUCGUUGAAGAAAGUAGUGAUAUGCAACAUUCUGGGUUCAAUGCCACUCUGGGAACCAAGCUAAUUAUCCAUGGAUUCAGGGCUUUAGGAACAAAGCCUUCCUGGAUUGAGAAAUUCAUCGGCGCCCUUCUGCGGUCAGCAGACGCUAACGUGAUUGCCGUGGACUGGGUGUAUGGGUCUACAGGUGUCUACUACUCAGCCGUGGAAAAUGUCGUUAAGCUGGGAAUUGAGAUCUCCCGUUUCCUCAGUAAACUUCUGGCGCUGGGUGUGUCGGAGUCCUCGGUCCACAUCAUUGGUGUUAGCCUGGGGGCCCACGUUGGGGGCAUGGUGGGACAUUUCUACAAAGGCCAGUUGGGAUGGAUCACAGGCCUGGACCCCGCUGGACCGGAGUACACCAGAGCCAGCCUGGAGGAGCGCCUAGACCCUGGAGACGCCCUCUUCGUGGAAGCCAUUCACACAGACGCUGACAAUUUGGGCAUUCGGAUUCCUGUCGGACAUGUGGACUACUACGUCAACGGAGGCCAAGACCAACCUGGCUGUCCUAGCUUUAUUCACGCAGGCUACAGUUAUCUGAUCUGUGAUCACAUGAGGGCUGUGCAUCUUUAUAUCAGCGCCCUGGAGAACCCCUGUCCGCUGAUGGCCUUUCCCUGCACCAGCUACAAGGCCUUCCUUGCUGGACACUGUCUGGAUUGCUUUAAUCCUUUUCUGCUUUCCUGUCCAAGGAUUGGCCUGGUGGAACAAGGUGGUGUCAAGAUAGAGCCACUUCCCAAGGAAGUGAGCGUUUACCUUCUGACCACUUCGAGGGCUCCAUACUGUGUGCAUCACAGGCUCGUGGAGUUUUACUUGCAGAAGCCAAGAAACAAGGACACCAGGAUCGUGGUCACCUUCCUUAGCAGCAAUGUCACCUCCUCAGUCAAGAUCACCAUACCUAGGCAGCAACUGCAGGGGAAAAGAGUCCUAGCUCACCCUGACCCUCAGUGCCAGAUACACCAAGUGAACCUCAAGCUUCAGGCUUCCUAUCGGGUUUGGAGAACGGACCGGACUACCAUUGCUGGGAAGUUCUGCACGGCUCCUUUGCCCAUCCAUGACAGUAAAAACAUGGUCUGCUUACCUGAGCCAGUGAACUUACAAGCAGAUGUGACCGUUUCUCGUGAACUGAAAAUAACCUGUGUAUAGUAUAAGCCUGGGCAGGACACAUUGUGCUGGAUUUCGGCGAGGGGGCGGGGUUGGGCGGCGUGGGGGGCUAGUGUCAACUUAUUCUAGGCCAUUAUUACUAAGAAGGAAGGCAAACCUCUGGUUUAUUUUCCCCAUAAUUCAACAUCUUAGAGGGGAGACACAGUUCAUUUUACAAAGCUUUAUCUCCUUUGAAAAUUUGAAGAGGCUGACAUAGAUACCCUUUCAGCUUUCCUAUUCAUACUUCAGAGCAAUUACCCUCCCCCCCCGCCCCCAUCCUUGGGCAUCUGUACAUAGGAUUCAAUAGAAACAUAUAUAGGGGAAAAUGCUUUAAAAAAAAAUAAAACUCCAUGGAAUAUCUGCAUCGUU